AAUGUUUUCUCACCUAUAUAAAGGAGCCAAAAAUGGCAUCUUGUUCUUAGCAGAAGUACUCUUCGGCUCCUUAGGAAACAGAGCAAGAUUUGUAUCCUGUGUAUGAAGCUAGUAGGUGAUUAUCAGUGGAGAAGAUAAAGAAAGGGAGAGAAAUUAAUGGAGGAGAAGAAGAUGGUUGGGUUUGAAGAGAAAAGCAAUAGGAAAGGAGGGGAAGUGGUGGAUGAGGAAGAAAAGUUGGUUCUUCCCGGAUUCCGGUUUCAUCCGACAGACGAGGAACUCGUCGGAUUCUAUCUCCGGCGAAAGGUGGACAAGAAGAAGCCUCUCUCCAUUGAUACCAUCAAGCAGAUUGAUAUCUAUAAGUAUGAUCCAUGGGAGCUUCCAAAAAUGAGCACCAUUGGGGAGAAAGAGUGGUACUUCUUCUGCCUGAGAGGAAGAAAAUACAGAAACAGCAUAAGGCCUAACAGAGUAACAGGCUCUGGUUUCUGGAAGGCCACCGGCAUCGAUCGGCCGAUCUACUCCGGCAAUAAUGCCGACGACUGCAUCGGCCUCAAGAAAUCUCUGGUUUAUUACAGAGGAAGCGCAGGAAAAGGAACCAAAACUGAUUGGAUGAUGCAUGAAUUCAGACUCCCUUCCUCCAACAAAACCUGCAACAGUAGUACCCCUCCCACCAUCAAUGAAGCUGAAUCGUGGACUAUAUGCAGAAUAUUCAAGAGAAAUGUAUCGUUCAAGAGGUACGCACAGCAGAUGAAAGGGAAGGAGGGUGAAGGAGGAGUUGGAAUGCAGAAUUCAGCGGAUUCAAGCUCCAAGACGAGCAGUACAGAGUCAGAAGCUGGAGAGGAGCAUAGAUACCUCCAUGGAGGAUGCAGUUUUAAGCAAGGAGAUGAGAGCUAUGCCAACAGAUAUGUGGAAGAGAAUGGUGAUCAGUUAUAUUCAGCUGGGCAAUGGAAUUAUGAAGCUCAGACAAAUAGUUUCAGUUUAACUUCAAACUUUGUGAAUUUGAAUCAGAAUGAGAUUUUCAGAGAGGGAAACUGGGAAGAGAUUGGAAGAAUGGUGGAUUAUAUGUUGGAACCAGUAAUCAAUACAUAUGACUGUAUAUAUUUUUGAAAAUCGCUAUGAUAAUUAAGAUUUUAACUCUUGUGUGUCUUUUUUUUUAAUGAUCUGUGUUUUGCUCAUAAUUAAGGAAUUGGCUGUGGAGACUGUGUUAGGGAGUUGAUUACAUGUUAUGAAAAUGGAAACUGUUGAGUUUUUUAAUGUGAGCUUGUAAAACAUAUAUUGUAAUAGAGGAGAAUUGG